GGGAUAUCAUGAUGCAACAUACAGCUACAAGCUAUACUCAAUGGCACACUUCAUCACAGCACCAGAUCCAGCUCCUCUCCCCCUCCCACCAGGCAUCAUAUCCCGCCAGAUAGAUCUAUCUGCAUACGGCCAUCUCUCAUAUCACAUCCUCGAAGCCGGUGCUCCUACCGACCCUCUUAUUAUCCUCCUCCAUGGCUUCCCUGAACUAGCAUUCUCAUGGCGCAAGGUCAUCCUUCCACUCGCCAAUGCCGCAUCAGCGCCUAGUGAGAAUCGUCGUCGUCGUGGCUAUCAUGUCAUUGCACCAGACCAACGAGGCUUCGGACGCACCACCGGCUGGGACUCACGACAUUAUGAGCAAGUAGAUCUACACAAUUUCACGACAACAAUGUACGUUCGAGACACGAUUGCGCUAGUAAAUGCAUUAGGGUAUAGUAAAGUGGAAUGCAUCGUUGGCCACGACGCCGGCGCUGUAACUGCAGCUGCUUGUGCGACCAUUCGACCAGAUGUCUUUAAGAGUGUGGUUCUACUCACCCAUCCAUUUAGUGGAAUGCCACGCUUGCCGUUCAAUACCGUCGAUAUACAGGGUUCCUCUUCUUUCCCGCCGGCAAGUGCAGGUAUAGCUGCCCCUAGCAUCAACGAUAAACUCAGAGUCUACAAUCGCAAACAUUAUAAAUGGUACUACUCAACCCAUGAAGCGAAUGCCGAUAUGGCCGGACCCACCACCGCAGGCGGUCUUCGUGAGUUCUUACGCGGAUAUUUCCAUGUUAAAUCUGCUUCCUCGAAGGGAAACAACCCUCAUCCAUUGAUCAAUAAGGCGGAGAGUAGUCGACAGCUAGAGUGGCCGAUGGAUGAAGUGGUCAAAAUGCCGUAUUACUAUAUCAUGCCUUUGGAAGCGACUAUGCCGCAGGCGAUCGAGAGACUAAUGACUGAUGAACCACACGAUGCAUCAAAGGAUUGGCUACCCGAUGAAGAUCUUGAGGUAUACGUGAACGAGUAUGCGCGCACCACUUUCCAGGGAGGGUUGAACUGGUACCGAGCCCAAACCGCCGAUGGGGAUAAGAAGCCCGAACUGAGACAUGAUCUGGAUAUCUUUUCUGGGAAACGAAUAACCAUACCGUGUGCGUUUAUCGGCGGUGAAAAGGAUUGGGGUACGUAUCAGCAGCCGGGAGCUAUUGAGAAGAUGACUGGGGAGGAGAAAGAGGUCUGUGAUGAUUUUCGAAUGUUUCGGAUGGUUGAGGGUGCUGGGCAUUGGAUUCCGCAGGAGAAGCCGGAUGAGGUUGUGCAGGCGAUAUUGGAACUCGAAAUGAAACAAAGGAAAUACCAGGUCAAUGAAUGA